UAGGUGUGCCUUGAAGCAGGACGACGACCACGUGCUCUGAGCGUAUCUGGCUUAUUUCAACACCACCUGUGCGCCGUUCUUUGGACGACGAAGAGUUUUUUGGACAACCUUGUGGUGAUUUUGGCGUGAAAGGAUGGCUCCCCUGAUUCUGUACCACUUUCCGGGCUCGCCACCCUCCCGGUCGGCUCUGCUGGCAUUGCGCAAUUUGGAUCUGGAUGCCGAGGUGAAAAUAGUGAACCUGUUCGCCGGCGAGCAUCUGGCGGACGAGUUCGUUGCGAUCAACCCAGACCACACCGUGCCGACGCUCGUCGACGAGGACUACAUUCUGUGGGAGUCGAAAGCGAUCGUCACGUACCUGGCGGAACAGUACAAGCCGGGCUGCACGCUCUACCCGUCCGAGCCGAAAAAGCGCGGGCUCAUCAACCACCGGCUCUACUUCGACUCCGGCACACUGUUUGUGGCGCUGCGCAACGUGCUCAUGACGGUGCUGCGCUCCGGCGAGACGCGCAUCGCGCAGGAAAAGAAGGACGCCGUGUACAAGGCGCUGGAAAAGCUCGACUCCUAUUUGGACGGGUGCGAUUGGAUUGCGGGCGAGGAGUGUACGCUGGCCGAUCUGUGCGCGUUGGCGAAUGUGGCCACGCUGAAGGAAAUCGGAGUGGGGAUGGAGGGCUACGCCAACAUUAGCGGCUGGUACGAGCGAUGCCGCGAGCUGGCCGGAUUCGACGAGAACGAGGAAGGCGCUAGCUUCCUUGGAAAUGCGUUCAAAUCGAAGCUCGAGGAACCGUUUUAGAGGAGGGGGGAAGGGAAAGGGUGGGGCACAGUAGAAGCAUUUGUCACACCCAAACGGGAAGAGUAGCCGUCGAGCUCAGCGGCAUGUACGAUUGCACUUUCGCAAAAUUGCGCUUGCAUUUCUUAACUAUCACCACACCAUCGUAAACGGUAAAAUAAAGUAGCGCGCACUGACGAAAAGC